AUGGGUUCUUGUUCUGGAUCAGUAUAAAAUAAAUAAAAGCAAUCAAGAGAUGAAAGGAUUAGAACCGAACCAGAUAAAGAAAGAGGAAGUGAUGCUUUCACAGGCGGUAUCAAUAUUUCAAAUGUUUCGAGAAAAAGUGAUGAAUUAAAAGGCUUAGAUUUGCCUAAUCAAAAAAAGAAGACAAUGAAAAAGUAAGAAAGUCUUAAAGUCACACUUUCUAUAACAAAUGGUCCUAUAUCUAAAUACUAUAUCAGAAAGAACCUACGUUAUUUAGAAGGUGUUAAUUUUAAAGAUAAUAUGUUUGUUGUAUAACAUGUAGUUACUGGAAAAAUUAGAGUAGCAGAAAGAUUUUAAAUAAAUACAAACACUAGUGCUUUCAUAAAUAAAAUAGUAUACUUAUAAUUAGUAAAUAUUUGAUAUAUUUUAGAAUCAUCCAAAUUUGCUUGAUAUAUAUGGAAUUUUUUAAGAAGAUAACUAUUUUACUAUUAUUUCUGACUAUUGUAAUGGUGGAUCAUUAUUAACAUUGCUAUCAGAAAGGAAUUCUCAUUUUGAAGAGGAAGUUGCUGCUUAAUGUUGUAGAUAAAUUUAUGAAUUAAUGGGAUAUUUACAUAAAUUUGGGCUUUAUCAUGGUUAAUUAAGUUUGAAGAGUUUUGAAAAAUACAAUUAAGGAAAGAAAAAAUUUACAAUAAAACUUGUUGAUUUUAGUUGUUUAUUUUGUAAAUCAGAUAUUAAUGAAAACAAUGUAUAAUUUUUAUCACCUGAAUGUUGCAAUGAAAAAUCAAGUUAUACAUCUGCAAGAGAUUAAUGGGCAGUUGGAAUCAUUACAAUGGCAUUAACUCUAGGUAAAUUACCUUUUAAUGCAAAAUCAUAAUAAGAAUGUUUAGAUAAUAUUCAAUAAUCUUGUAAAAAGGAAGGCUUUAUAUAAAAGGAAUUAGAGAAAUAAGUAGCUAAUCCUUUGAUUAAAGAGUUAAUACUUUAAUUUUUGUAGGUUUCUCCUUCAAAAAGAAUAGAUUUUUUUUAAGCCUUAGAGAGUAAAUGGAUGAAAAAUUAUGAAUAAAUUUUCAAAUAAUAGUUUAAGUAAUGUUUAGAUGAAUUAACAAAGAAAAAAGAAGCAAACUUUCUUCAAUCUUGCUUUCUUUUAAUGAUGAUUAAAUAAUUUGAUGAUUAAUACUCUUAAAUAUAAGAAAUAUUUAAUGGAUUAGAUCUUGAUAAAAAUGGUAGACUCACAAAACCAGAAUUAGUUAAACAUUAUACAUAAUACUUUCAUCUCAAAUAUAAUUAACAUGAGAUAUAAGAAUUUGUAGAUGAGAUAUUUGAUGCUUCAGAUCUUAAUCAUAGUGGUGAUAUAGAAUUUUCUGAGUUUUUAAUUGCUCUAUCUAAUUAAAAAACCCUUAUUACUAAUGAAAAUUUAAAGUGUAUUUUUAAUUAAAUAAAUCAUGGAUAACCUUUUGGAUUUAUAGAAUUGCAACCAUUAUUUAGAACUAAGGAAGCUGAACUAUAAAAUUCCUUACAAUAAAUUCCAAAUCAAAUUGUAUUAUUUUUAUAAUUAAUAUUAGAUUGAUUUUGAAGAAUUUACCAAAAUGAUGUUUGAAUUGAUAGAAAACAAAUGA